UUUAACUUUUUGAGACAAAAUUCCUGGUGUCCGGACACACCACACAACAUUGUUUUCUUUCUUUUUGCAUCGCUAUUAGGGUUUCCAGAGUUGCACUUUCCCUUUCUUCCAAUUCAUGCGUUUUGUUUUGGAUUCCCUCUCUCUAUCUCGCCAAAUCCCACCGAAUCGUGCGACGCGGCAGGCAUUUGACGAUUUAUGUUAAAGAGUCAAUUAUAAAGAAUAUGACAAAGGUGCUGCAUAUGGAACUUCUUUUUGGUUGAUGGUUGCUACUUGCAAGUACAGAGGUAUAUUGGAAUCUCACUUGGGUUCUAAUUGAUGCAUUCACACCAUUAGCGGCUGGGCUCCAAUUCUCCAAGAUGAGCAAUUCUCACUCUGAAAAUCAUGAUGAAGCUACUGUGGUGGGAUUUGAAGUUCCAAAAUCUCCUGAUUCCAGUUACAAUAAUGUCUACCCUGGAAAUGAAGAUGAGGCAAGGGAUCCACCUAUGGUCCCUUCACAUUUGCAACACACUUUGCUCAAUUAUCCUGCUAAUAGAGACACUGCAGGAACUGUUCCAUUGCCUAAGAAUGUGAUUCUAAAUCAUCUUUACAUCGAGAAUAGAGAGUCACCAAGAUCUGUGGUGGCGUUGGGAUUCACUCAUCGUUUCCGCUCUAAAUAUGUUACGGUCGUGCUUUACAAGCCAGUCCAAAGAAGGGGAAAUACAAGCAUUUAGUGUGCAUAUUAAAAACCUUGAUCACCGAUGGUUUGUAAUGAUUUGUUGUAGACUCGAUAUUCCAAUUACUGGAGAUGAUAUUUUAAUGAAUUCUAGAUUGUUUCUUGGUAACUUAGCUGUAUAUUUAUUUGUAAAUUCGUUUUAACGUUAUGUGGCACAAGGUUAUAAACCAUUUUUAUUUGUUGA